UAAAGCAAGGUGGCCAAGUCAACCGACGAUCAGUAAUAGUCUUGACUUGGUAGUUUAGAGAACGAACACCGCAAUUCGUCGAAACUUACAAUCUUUUCUGGCUUGAAAAUGGCAGAACAGGCAAAUAUUGAAGCCGUCCUGGCCGAAAAUCAACGUCUUCGUCAGUCGCUAGUCGUAAUGGUGACUGAUAGAAAGAAGAUGGCGUCGAAACUAACGGGAGUUCAAAACCUGGGACUGCAGUUGCAAAAGAAGGAGCAGCAAAUCAAGACUCUUCUAGAAAAAAAUGAACGGCUUGAAGGCUCUCUAGCAAGAGCAGAGAACAGAAUAACACAGUUAAAUCUUCAAUUACCGUCGGGCGCUCAAAUAGGCGCCGUUGUUACUCCUGGUGUGUCGAAGAAAGUUUUGGAAGCUUUAACUCGCGAUAACACGAAACUAAAACAAGCGUUGGAACAUUUGACAAAUAAAGGACCGGCUGGAGUUGACUUGGCUGUGGAAAACAGAGAUCUACAUGAAAUCAUCAUAACACUACGAGAUGAACGGGAUAUGAAAAGUAAUGAGGUAAAGGAACUUAAGAUUGCACUGGAUGCUGUACAGGGACAAAAUACGGACGGUUUGAAAAACCAAGUAUUGCGCCUAACGGCACUUGUCACAAAGCUUGAGAGAAACUUGAAUGCCAAGCAAGUAUUUUGUGAAACCGUGGUAACAGAGAAUGACACUCUUAAGAAUGAGCUGCAAUCACUCAAGGAUGACAGGAUUUUACAAUUAAGGGAGAUGAAGAAAGAACUUGGUCAACACACAAGGUCACCAGAAGUCCGAAGAAUUUUAAAUCGCGUGUAUGACAGUGAAGAUGGAAACCCAGAGGAAGCAACAACUUCAGAAGAAGUCAAGAAACUCAAAGAGGAAGUCAAAAAACUUACGGAUGAACUCCAGUCUAAGAGAGAAGAAAUUGAACAAAUAAUAGCAGAACAUUCUCAAAUAACAAAUUAUUUGUUUAUUCAUUUGCAGCAGAAAGGUAUGAGACCAAGGGGAUAUGGGAUGGAAGUCACUGCUGAUGGGCCUGACUUUACAGAUUCACCCUCCCCUAGCCAGGGAAGUCAACUGCAGUGCCCCAACUGCAGGAAAUAUUUUCCACAUGACCUGCUGGAGAAUCAUAUGCGGGAUUGCACGGGAGAUGAUUGAAUAGCUUACAUGAGCAGGAUGAUGACAAGAUUUUGAGAUUGCCAUGGACAGGGAUGGAGUUUGGAAAUGGCUGAUGAUGCUAGCUGACAAUGGAUUAACACAUGAAGACCUACAUCAGCUUGUUAUGGUUACAUCACUGUUUUUCUCGACAUUAUCCUGCUCAUGUAAGCUAAAAAGGAAGGUCAUCAGAUUGAGGCACUUGAUUCCCUAAUCAAGGAACUUUUGCCCUCCACCAUCAAGUGGAGCAAACAGCGUCAAGUUGGGGGCAACAAUGCUGGCAGCAUCGUCAAGUUAUGAAGAAGGUUUACCACUGCUGAACCAUGCGACUUAUAUUUGCAAACAAAUGUUACUGCUGUUAUGUUGAUUUCAUAUUUGAACUGAAAACUCGAACUCAAGAUUACGACAAAAAGAAAUGACA